GUCAGAACGCAUGCGCAGCUCCUCCAUGUAGCUGUAUGAAUCUCGCUGUCGUUUUUUGUCAUAAAAGGCGUAGUGGAUGUGGCGGUUUCUAGUUGGCUUAGUUAGGGGCGGUGCUUAGUCUCUAGUUCCAGUUGGAACUGCAGGAGCUGGGCGGGGUUGUCUGGCGCGCUGCCUUCCUUGAUGUCAGAUUGCGGCAGAAAAAGGCGGAGCAGGGACUGCGGCACAGACUGGCUGGUGGGCGAAGCCAGUCGUGGCUGACCUAUUUUUGCGGCGGCCAUCUUCCUUCUCUUAUUUGUACGGCAGGGACUGAGAGAGGGUCUCCGUUUAUGGCUUCCGCCCCUUAAUUUGCCCUUUUCUGCAGCUUCGUCCAUCUUGAGUGACACUAUGAGUGGCUGCCGUGUGUUCAUUGGGAGGUUGAAUCCCGCAGCCAGAGAAAAGGAUGUGGAGAGAUUUUUCAAGGGGUAUGGACGGAUCCGAGACAUUGACCUGAAAAGAGGCUUUGGAUUUGUGGAAUUUGAAGAUCCCAGAGAUGCUGAUGAUGCAGUGUAUGAGUUGGAUGGAAAAGAGCUUUGUAGUGAACGAGUAACAAUUGAACAUGCAAGGGCCCGUUCUAGAGGUGGAAGAGGCAGAGGGCGAUACUCUGACCGUUUUAGUAGUCGGCGUCCACGAAAUGAUAGAAGAAAUGCUCCACCUGUAAGGACAGAAAAUCGACUCAUUGUAGAAAAUUUGUCAUCCAGAGUCAGCUGGCAGGACCUCAAAGACUUCAUGAGGCAAGCUGGGGAGGUAACCUUUGCAGAUGCACAUAGACCUAAAUUAAAUGAAGGGGUGGUUGAAUUCGCCUCUUACAGUGAUCUAAAGAAUGCCAUUGAAAAACUGUCUGGCAAGGAAAUCAAUGGAAGGAAAAUUAAGUUAAUUGAAGGCAGCAAAAGACACAGUAGGUCAAGGAGCAGGUCUCGCUCUCGUAGCAGGAGCUCUUCGCGGUCUCGCAGCCGUUCCCGCUCCCGAAGCCGUAAAUCUUACACCAGAUCCAGAAGCCGUAGCCGCAGCAAGUCACGUUCAGUUAGUAGAUCUCCUGUCCCUGAAAAGAGCCAGAAACGUGCUUCUUCAAGUAGAUCCAAGUCUCCAGCUUCCGUGGACCGUCAGAGAUCUCGCUCAAGGUCGAGGUCUGUUGAUAGUGGCAACUGAGUUGCCAUGCGGACUCUUAAAAACAUACUUGCUAAUAGUGAUGGUAAGUAUGUGACUUCUGGAGCAGAGAAUGAAUGGGGGAGGGACUGGGACUUAACAGCCUUGUAAAUGCGGACCACAGAAGUUGUUGAACUAAUAGUAUUGUCUUUUUGAUAAUCUUUUUCCUGCUCACUUCAUUAAGUCAGAAGUGUAUAGCUUUGUGUAUAUUGGUAGAGCUCUUUAUAAAGAAUUUUUUGUAUUUUAAAAAACUUGACUUCUGAACAUUUAGUUCUAGGUGUAUUCUUGUAAUUGGCAUUUCAGGGUGUUGAAUGUUUGAAAUUGGUUACAGAGCUCUUAUACUGGCUGUUAAUAAAGCUUUUAUUUCGGA